AUGCAUCCAAGAGAUGGGCUGCGGAGGCAGCACUCCCGGCAGUCCAGGAAGGAAAGGGCUGCUGCUGGGAAACGGGAGGAGGAGGGAGGAGGGGCAGCUGCGGCUGUAGAUGCCGCUGAUGAUGCUGCUGUGGGUAGGGACGAGGAGGGCAGCCCUAUGGCAGAUCCGAGCGCGGGAGGAGUAGAUCUGGGUGCGGAAAGUGCAGAUCUGGUCGCGGGAGGUGCAGAUCUGGUCGCGUGGUAUGCAGAUCUGGUCGCGCGGAGUGCAGAUUUGGAUGCGCGGAGUGCAGAUCUGGUCGCGCGGAAUGCAGAUCUGGUCGCGCGGAGUGCAGAUCUGGUAACGAAAUGUGCAGAUCUGGGCGCGGGAGGAGUAGAUCUGGGCGCGGGAGGAGUAGAUCUGGGCGCGGGAGGAGUAGAUCUGGGCGCUGGAGUUGCAGAUCUGAGCGCGAGGAGAGCGGAUCUGGGCGCUGGGAGGUCAGAUCUGGGCCCUGGGAGGGCAGAUCUGGGCGCUGGGAGGUCAGAUCUGGGCGCAGGGAGGUCAGAUCUGGGCGCUGGGAGGUCAGAUCUGGAAGCUGGGAGGGCAGAUCUGAGGAAGGCAGAUCUGGACGCUGGAGUUGCAGAUCUGGACGUGCGUGGAGCAGUGCCUUAG